GAAUAAACAAAUGGUCGCUACAGAUUGCCAGGAUUCAUGGAGACAACACAAGACUGCGCCUGUCACAAAGUUGUACAAGGAAAAGUCUGGGAGCGUCCCAGGAAAAAAUGCCAUUCUGGAGGAGAAAUACAUAUGUUGAGAAGGAACGCCGUGUAAAAGCCAAUGCGCGAGAAUACAAUGAGAAGUUCUCGUACGCUAACAAUCACAUUAAGACUUCAAAGUACAACGUCUUCACCUUCCUGCCCAUCAACUUGUUUGAGCAGUUCCAGAGGGUGGCGAAUGCUUACUUUGUUGUGCUGCUGAUCCUCCAGUUAAUCCCAGAAGUCUCGUCUCUGUCCUGGUUCACGACCAUCGUGCCUUUGGUUUUGGUGCUGGUGAUCACAGCUGUCAAAGAUGCCACUGACGACUACUUUCGACACAAGAGCGAUCGGCAAGUCAACAACCGCCAGUCUCAGGUUCUCAUCAGAGGAAGUUUACAGAAGGAGAAAUGGAUGAACGUUCGAGUGGGAGACAUCAUCAAACUGGAGAAUAAUCAGUUUGUUGCUGCCGAUAUCCUCCUCCUGUGCAGCAGUGAGCCUUAUGGCCUUUGCUACAUCGAGACAGCAGAGCUGGACGGGGAAACAAAUCUGAAAGUCCGCCAGGCCUUGAGUGUGACCUCAGAUUUGGGAGACGUUUCAAAACUGAUGGACUUUGAUGGAGAAGUCAUUUGUGAACCGCCGAACAACAAGCUGGAUAAAUUUACAGGAACGCUGCACUGGAGAGACAAUAAAUACUCUCUGGACAAUGAAAAAAUGCUCCUGCGCGGUUGUGUUCUCAGAAACACUGAGUGGUGCUUCGGCAUGGUCAUAUUUGCUGGGCUGCAAACCAAGCUGAUGCAGAACUGUGGGCGGACUAAAUUCAAACGGACCAGCAUCGACAAACUUAUGAACACACUGGUUUUAUGGAUUUUUGCCUUCCUCAUCUGCAUGGGGGUGAUUUUGGCCAUAGGAAACACCAUUUGGGAGACUUGUGUGGGCAGAAAGUUUGAGCUGUUCCUACCGUGGGACAAGUUUCAGAGCAGCGCCGUUUUUUCUGGCUUCCUCACCUUCUGGUCCUACAUCAUCAUCCUCAACACUGUUGUCCCCAUUUCCCUGUAUGUCAGUGUGGAGGUCCUGCGGCUCGGUCACAGUUUCUUCAUUAACUGGGACCAGAAGAUGUACCACAACGCGAGCGACACGCCGGCCGAGGCUCGCACCACCACCCUGAACGAGGAGCUCGGACAGGUCGAGUUCAUCUUUUCUGACAAGACCGGCACGCUGACGCAGAACAUCAUGGUGUUCAGCAAAUGCUCCAUUAAUGGGCAGACAUACGGUGAUGUCUAUGAUGAAUUCAACCAGAAGGUGGAAAUUACAGAGAAAACAGCGUGCGUAGACUUUUCCUUCAACCCGCUCUGUGACAAAGCCUUCAAGUUUUAUGACUGCAGCCUGGUUGAAGCCGUCAAGCAGCAGGGAUCUGCAGUGCAGGACUUCUUCAGACUGCUGGCUCUGUGCCACACCGUCAUGCCAGAGGAGAAGAGUGAAGGGAAUCUGGUGUACCAGGCCCAGUCACCGGAUGAGGGAGCGUUGGUAACCGCAGCACGAAACUUUGGGUUUAUCUUCCGGGCUCGAACUCCAGAAACCAUCACGCUUUGUGAGAUGGGAAGAGCGGCUACCUACGAGCUGCUGGCCAUACUGGACUUCAACAACGUGCGCAAGAGAAUGAGUGUCAUUGUGAGGAAUCCCCAAGGUCAGAUUAAACUAUACUGCAAAGGAGCCGACACGAUCAUCUUUGACCGCCUGGAUCCGUCCAGCGAAGACCUCAUGUAUGCUACCUCAGAACACCUCAGUGAAUUUGCAGGAGAAGGGCUUCGAACUCUAGCUCUUGCCUACAAAGACCUCAGCGAAGAAUAUUAUCAGGUGUGGCAGAAGAAGCUUCACUACGUGAGCACUGUGAUCGAGAACCGUGAAGAGCAGCUGGCUGCUCUAUACGAGGAAGUCGAGCAAGGCAUGAAGCUUCUUGGAGCCACAGCGAUAGAGGACAAACUUCAAGAAGGAGUGCCAGACACAAUCGCCUGCCUGAAUCUAGCCGACAUCAAGAUCUGGGUGCUAACAGGGGACAAGCUAGAGACGGCGAUGAGCAUCGGUUACUCCUGCAACAUGCUGCGGGACGACAUGAAUGAGGUGUUUGUCAUCUCUGGGCUCACGCAGCUGGAGGUGCAGCAGCAGCUCAGGAACGCUAAAGAGAACAUCCUCGGACUGAGCCGGGUGAGCAGCACAGGAGACGUCGAGAAAGACGACAUGUUUGCAGAAGAUUCAGUGUUUGAAGAAACAAUUAUUUCCGAGUAUGCUUUGGUCAUCAGUGGUCACAGUCUGGCCCACGCGCUAGAGCCCCAGCUGGAGCACACGCUGCUGGAUCUGGCCUGUUUGUGUAAAACGGUCAUCUGCUGUCGGGUCACACCGAUGCAGAAAGCUCAGGUGGUGGAGCUGGUGAGGAGGCACAAGAUGGCCGUCACGCUGGCCGUGGGGGACGGCGCCAACGACGUCAGCAUGAUCAAAACCGCCCACAUCGGCGUGGGCAUCAGCGGACAGGAGGGGAUGCAAGCUGUUCUGGCCUCAGAUUACUCCUUCGCUCAGUUUCGGUACCUGCAGAGGCUGCUGCUGGUGCACGGGCGCUGGUCCUACUUCCGAAUGUGUAACUUCCUGGCCUACUUCUUCUACAAGAACUUUGCCUUCACACUCGUCCACUUCUGGUACGGCUUCUUCUGUGGUUUCUCAGCACAGACUGUGUACGACCAGUGGUUCAUAACCCUCUUCAAUAUCGUUUAUACAUCGCUACCAGUUCUGGCGAUGGGACUUUUUGAUCAGGACGUCAAUGACCAGAAUAGCCUUCGCUACCCGAGCCUGUACAAACCGGGCCAACAGAACCUGCUCUUCAACAAACGGCAGUUCUUCCUCUGCACGCUGCAAGGCAUGGUCACGUCAUUCCUGCUUUUCUUUAUUCCCUACGGAGCGUUCUCCGUCAUGCUGAAGGACGACGGCUCCGACUUCUCCGACCAGCAGGCGUUUGCCGUCACCAUAGCAACGACAUUAGUCAUCGUUGUGAGUGUUCAGAUUGGACUGGAUACACACUACUGGACUGCAGUCAAUCAUCUGUUCAUGUGGGGCAGCCUGAUCGUGUAUUUUGCCAUUCUGUUUGCAAUGCAAAGUGACGGCCUGUUUGGCAUCUUUCCGAGUAAUUUCCCAUUUAUUGGCACGGCUCGUAACUGUCUCUCGGAGAAGAGCGUGUGGUUGGUCAUCCUGCUCACCACUGUGGUGUGCAUUUUGCCUGGCUUAGUCUUGAGCUUCCUGAGAGUCGACCUCUUCCCAACUCUAACAGACAAGGUUCGUCAUUUGCAGCAGUCCAGGAAGAAACAAAGGCCUCAGGAACAGAACCUGAGGCGAGUCCGCCGGACCAGUUCCCGCCGCUCUGCCUACGCCUUCUCCCACCAGCAAGGCUAUGGAGAGCUGAUCACCUCAGGCAAAAACAUGAGAGUGAGCACACUGUCUUCCACUCACUCCCUGGAAAGAAUAGCACAGAGCUCCAGCUGGAUAGAAAAUAUACUGAAGAGGAAGAACGAAGUCUCAGCAGAACCAGCAGAGAGCCAUAAAGCAGACAGGCUGAAGUAACACGAAAGGAUUCAAGUGCCUAACCAGAGUAUUAACACCCAUUUUAACUUCUCACAUUUUUGUUAUGUUACAAGUACAAACUUUAAUUUUAGUAGGAUUUUAUAUUGUUGGCCAAAAGCCAAGGUGGAAGGAAAUUGAUAUAUGUCAGUAUCAAAAUGUUUUACAAAUAAAAAUCUGGAACAGUUUGGCAUGUAUUUCUAUACAGUCAACACCAUAGACAACAACACCAUAAUCUUUUGUUGCAAUCACAGGUCCAAGUCUUUUGGAGCAUAUUACUACCAGCAGCCUUGAGACUGAAAUUUUUGACUUGUUCCUUGCAAACUAAUUGAAGUGGAUUGAGAGCAUCAAUCCAAUAGGCUGUUCUAACAUACGAGCAUGCUUUCAUUUAAGAUAUUACAUUGUUUUUCUAAAGGAUUUCCUGAAGUUGAGUUCAGUGGGAAGGGAUCACAUAGUAGAUCAAAAAAAUUUUGAAAUGUUACUUGAAAUGCAUAAAGGGAUCAUAUUUGUGUGCUUAACUACAUACUAUUAGACAACAAAAUUCAAGUGUAUUAUGUACGCUUGUGUUUUUCCUAAAUCCUAUAAGUUUGUUUUGUAAUUUCUGGAGUAUUUUUGACUUGUCCAAGGAAUACUCUGGAUGAAAGCGAUUUGUCUGGCAGUAGGGUUCAUUUCCAUACGGUUUAGGUUUUGAUUAUAGCUGUUUGCAGUGAAAAAGUUAUGAAAUUUUUUGGCCUUCUUGGUGUUCCGUACAUGAAGAGCAGGAAUGUCAUAGUGGACCACAUUUAGCAACCAAGUGUGAGAUAUAUACACUCAACAGCGCCGGUUAUUGCUUACAUAUGUAACCCUUCUUUGUUUGUCUCAAGUCCAGUAGGUUGACUUCACAACAAACACACUCAAGUUCACCGUA